AUGUUACUGCAGAAACAUCAGACUACACCUAGACGUUCACAAGAACAUCAAUCCACCAAGUUUCCAGAAAAUUCCACAACAAUAAUUCAAUCGCAAAGGUCAGCUGUUCAACCCCUAACCCCAUCAAUUACCUCUACUACAUUGGAUCAGGAUAGGUUGAAGAAACUUGAUGAAGUUGUAUUGAUUGGUCGACGACGGAAAAAACCAGGUGCCAUGUCAGUCCUGAGUGCUAACAUUAAUCCUUUUCCUAAACGGUCUACAACUCGAGCCUCUGUGUUCAGCAAAUAUAGACUCAGUUGUUCACCAGCAGAUGAUUGUCAAAAAAAGAGUGCCACUUUAAGUUACGGCAGCUCAUCAAGAAGAUCACUGCACAUCUUGCAAGAGAGCGCCAAUAAGAUUAGAGUGAAGCCGGCUAGUCAUUCUGUUGAGGCCAACACCAUCAGAUUGUGGGGUGGGUUGUUGGAGCACUCCGAUUUGAGUUAA